UAGCGUGCAGUGAUGCGCUUCUCAGAGUUGGAGAUGAAAGAGCGAGAAGGUGGCCACCCCACGACCAAAGACUCCGAGGUGCGCAAAUUCAGCCCCGCUGACUGGGAAAGGCUGAAAGGAAGUCAGGACAAAAAGCCAAAGUCGUUCGCCCUGGAGGAGGCCAUUGCCGACCAGAACGACAGUGAGAGAUGCUUCACUACUUUCAGUUCCUCAAAAACUGUCAAGCCAUUAUUAAGAAAUCAAAGCAAGCAGGAAGUUUUAAAUGACUCCACAAAAUUGCGUGAGCCUCUACCACAUGUUAGGCCAGGAGACAGCUUCCUAGUUCGGCCCUAUAAUAUCACUCGCUCCCUUUACUUGGAAAAUUGCUAAAUGCUACUACGGAACAGACGCUCUGCUGCUAAUACAGACUGACUCUAUAAGCCCCAGCCUACUGAGCUGUCCAACUAUG